AUAUAUACGACGGACAAGCAUGGGUACCCGAGUUGCUGCACGUCAGGUUCUUCGGUGGAUGGUGAGAAAUGCCACCUCUGCUCCCCCUCAGUUUAACCUCCAGCCUUUAUGCAUCCAGUGCAGGUUGUGUUCCUCCAGCAGCCAGAGUACUCUGCAGUCAACGCAACAGCACCAUCAACUCAGUACUUCAUCCAGGAAGCCAGUCACAGAGCUGCCCCUACAGUCUUUGCUCGACAUGGGAUUCACAGACACCCAGGCAGAGCGGCUUUAUGACACCAUGUCCAAACUCAAAGGAGGAAGUGCUGCCAAACAUGCUCUGUCAACUCUCGAAGCUCUGUUUGUGUUGGGCCUCAACCCUUCCAGUGUGCUCAAACUGCUGGAGAAAUGUCCUGAACUUUACACCGUCAAGGAUUCGCAACUUCAGCAGUGCAUAAGCAACCUACGGAAACUUGGUUUAGGUGAAGGCAGUCUUCAGAGAGUGGUGGCCCAUUACCCCCAGAUCCUGACUGUGCCUGUGAAGACAAUAAAGAACGUGGUGCUGUUCCUCAGGGAGAAGUGCCUGUUCACCGUCCAGCAGGUCACGGACAUCCUCAGAGAAUGUCCGGCCAUAGUAGCGGAAAACACGGAUCAGCUGGAGUACAAGUUUCAGUACGUCUACUUUCGAAUGGGUGUCAAACAGGCAGCGAUGGUGAAGUACAAACUGUUCCGUUCCACUCUGGACGAGGUGCGCCAUCGACACUGUUUUCUGGAGCGCAGGGGCCUGUAUCAAACCCCAGACAAGCGUGGACAGACGGUCAUCAUCAACCCCAAACUGGACACCAUCCUCAACGCUGACCAGGACACUUUCCUCACAGAUGUUGCCAUGGCAUCAGCGGAGGAGUAUGAUGUGUUUAAGAGACUGAUGGCGAGAGAAUGGCAGGAACAGGAGCCGCAGCUGGGCAGCAUUGAAGCUGAUAGUGAUGAUGAUCAUGAGGAAGAAGAGGAGGAUGAAGAGACUGGGGGAAAAAGCGGAUACAGGAAUAGGAGAAAGAGGUCAUAGUGGCGAAGGGACUGAGAAUAUUUGAAAGAGGAAAUGAAAUGAUUCAAGAAAAUGACAUAUCUGAUGGUGAUUAAUAAAAUGUUUCCUUUUAACUGUU